AUGGUAGACAUUCUGGCUCAUGAAUCAGAAUUACUUGGACUAGUGAAAGAGUAUCUAGAUUUUGCUGAAUUUGAAGACACCUUGAAAACAUUUUUGAAAGAAUGUAAAAUAAAAGGGAAACCAUUGUCUAAAUCUACAUGUGGCUCUUUAAGGGACCCCAAAUCAUUGAAAUUCCAGAGGGAUCUCCUUGCUGCGUUUGACAGUGGAGACCAGAAGGUGUUCUUCAGGCUGUGGGAGGAGCACAUCCCCAGGCCCAUCCGGGAUGGCGACUCUCUGGCCCAGAAGCUGGAGUUCUACCUUCACAUCCACUUUGCCAUCUAUCUUCUGAAGCACUCCACAGGCAGACCUGACAAACAGGACCUGGAUGAAAGGAUUUCUUAUUUCAAAACCUACCUGGAGACCAAAGGGGUGGCCCUGAGCCAGACCACGGAAUUCCUCCCUUUCUACGCCCUGCCUUUUGUUCCCAACCCCAUGGUGCACCCCUCAUUUAAAGAACUCUUCCAGGAUUCUUGGACUCCAGAAUUAAAGUUGAAAUUGGAGAAGUUUCUGGCUUUAAUGUUCAAAGCCAGUAACACGCCAAAGCUUUUAACAUUGUAUAAGGAGAAUGGACAAAGCAACAAAGACAUGUUGCAGCAGCUCCACCAGCAGCUGGUAGAAGCCGAGCGGAGGUCCAUGACGUACCUGAAACGGUACAACAGGAUCCAGGCCGACUACCACAACCUCAUCGGAGUCACGGCAGAGCUGGUGGAUUCUCUGGAGGCCACAGUCAGUGGCAAGAUGAUCACGCCCGAGUACCUGCAGAGCGUCUGCGUCCGCCUCUUCAGCAACCAGAUGCGGCAGAGCCUGGCGCGCAGUGUGGACUUCACGAGGCCCGGCACGGCUUCAACCAUGUUAAGAGCCUCCUUGGCACCUGUGAAAUUGAAGGAUGUCCCGUUACUGCCCUCCUUGGAUUAUGAGAAACUGAAGAAGGAUUUGAUUUUGGGGAGUGACCGCUUGAAAGCCUUCUUGUUGCAGGCUCUACGCUGGCGCUUGACCACAUCGCAUCCCGGAGAGCAGAGAGAGACCGUCCUGCAGGCCUACAUCAGCAACGACCUGCUGGACUGUCAGAGCCACAGCCAGAGGAGUGUGCUUCAGCUGCUGCAAUCCAAGAGUGAGGUGGUACGGCAGUACACGGCCAGGCUCAUCAAUGCUUUCGCAUCCCUAGCAGAAGGUCGCCGCUACCUCGCCCAGAGCACGAAGGUGCUGCGGAUGCUGGAGGAAAGGCUGAAGGAGGAAGACAAGGAUGUCGUCACCCGAGAGAAUGUUCUUGGGGCCCUGCAGAAGUUCAGCCUCAGGCGCCCACUGCAGACAGCGAUGAUUCAAGAUGGCCUCAUCAUCUGGCUGAUUGACAUCUUGAAGGAGCCUGACUGCCUGUCUGACUACACGCUCGAGUACUCGGUGGCCCUGCUCAUGAACCUCUGCCUCAGGAGUGCAGGGAAGAAUAUGUGCGCCAAGGUGGCGGGCGUGGUGCUGAAGGUCCUUUCUGAUCUGCUCGGCCAUGAAAACCACGAGAUACAGCCGUAUGUGAACGGAGCUCUGUACAGCAUCCUUUCCAUUCCAUCCAUCCGUGAGGAAGCUAGAGCAAUGGGAAUGGAAGACAUCCUUCGCUGCUUCAUCAAAGAGGGCAACGCCGAAAUGAUCCGCCAGAUCGAGUUUAUUAUCAAGCAGCUCAAUUCAGAAGAGCUACUGGAUGGUGUUCUUGAAUCUGAUGAUGAUGAAGAUGAAGAUGAUGAAGAGGACCAUGACACUAUGGAAGCCGAUCUGGACAAGGACGAACUGAUCCAGCCCCAGCUUGGAGAGCUCUCAGGGGAGAAGCUUCUGACCACGGAGUACUUGGGAAUCAUGACCAACACGGGGAAGGCGAGGCGGAGGGGGGCAGCCGGCAUGCAGUGGGCUGGCCCGGAGCCCCUGCGCCGGCCGGUCACCCCCGGCGGCCACAGGACCGGGUACCCAGCGCUGGAAGAUCAUCCCAAUUCUCCCCAGAUGGCCCAGCAUGCCAGAAAUGGCUGCCUCCCAUCCCUGCCAAACACCCAUGCUCCAGUCUGCAGGGGGGGCAAACCUGCUGCUCCUGAGCCUUGCCCUUCCUUUUCAUCCGCCACUGAUGCCAAGCCGGGAGACUGGUCGCCAGCAGGACGUCAGGGAGAGCCUCGCCUACCCCCAGCAGGGGCCCCGAGCCAGCCUCGAGGGGGGCCCCAGGCCCCGGAAAGUGGAGACACCACCAGGGGAUUCACAUCAAGCUUCGCCUGCAAGCCCCGGGCCCCCCGCACCCUGGAGAUCCUGGACAUGAACCCACCUAAGGUCAAGGCGUCGGCUCUGGGCCCUCAGUUCUCCUUGUGUGGCCCCCAGCAGGCCAGCCGUCCCAGUUCCACGACGACUUCCACAAGGAGCCUGCAGAAUCCCACCUUAGAUAGCGGGUUGCGGGGGUGGGUGGGGGGUCCUGCCUGGAAGGGGCCAGGGGAGAGAGGGCAGAGGGAAACAGACAGGAGGAAAGGAAGCCCUGUCUCUGCCUCCCCCACCCAGAAAAAGGCCGGACGGGGCUGGAGGGAAAUGGCGGGGCCCCCGAAGAGAACCGUCUACAAGAGCGUGUGCCUGUCCCUGGCCUUGCUCGUGGCCGUAACGGUAUUCCAGCGCAGUCUGACCCCUAGCCAGUUUCUGCAGGAGCCCCCGCCAGCCUCCCUCAAGCAACAGAAGGCCCAGAAACCCAGCGGACUCCUGGUGAACCCUGACAGCUUCUGGAAGAGCGCGAAGGAGGCAGUCACCCCCACUCCCGUGGUUUCACGGAGGCCCCAGGCCUGGGACGUGAACACCACUAACUGCUCGGCCAAUGUAAACUUGACCCACCAACCCUGGUUCCAGGGCCUGGAGCCACACUUCCAGCAGUUUCUGUCCUAUCGCCACUGCCGCUACUUUCCUAUGCUUCUCAAUCAUCCAGAGAAGUGCAGCGGUGAUGUGUACCUGCUGGUGGUCGUCAAGUCCAUCAUCGUGCAGCAUGACCGCCGCGAGGCCAUCCGCCAGACCUGGGGCCGCGAGCAGGAGUCGGCGGGCAGGGGCCGCGGUGCAGUGCGCACUCUCUUCCUGCUGGGCAAGGCCUCCAAGCCGGAGGAGCAGUCCCACUACCAGCAGCUGCUGGCCUACGAGGACCGCAUCUACGGGGACAUACUGCAAUGGGACUUCCUUGACAGCUUCUUCAACCUGACCCUCAAGGAGAUCCACUUCCUCAAGUGGCUCGACAUCUACUGCCCUGAUGUCCGCUUUGUCUUCAAGGGUGAUGACGAUGUCUUCGUCAACCCUACCAACCUGCUGGAAUUUCUAGCCGACCGGCGGCCCCAGGAGGACCUGUUUGUGGGCGACGUUUUGCAUCACGCCCGGCCCAUCCGCCGGAAGGAUAGCAAGUACUACAUCCCCGGGAUCUUAUACAGUCAGAACAGUUACCCGCCCUACGCAGGUGGAGGGGGCUUCCUUAUGGCCAGGGGACUGGCCCAGCGCCUGCACCACAGCUGCGACACCCUGGAGCUUUACCCCAUCGACGACGUCUUCCUGGGCAUGUGCCUGGAGGUGCUGGGCGUGCGGCCCAUGGCCCACGAGGGCUUCAAGACUUUCGGCAUCUCCAGGAAUCGCAACAGCCGCAUGAACAAGGAGCCCUGCUUCUUCCGCUCCAUGCUUGUCGUGCACAAGCUUCUGCCCACCGAGCUGCUGGCCAUGUGGGAGCUGGUGCAUGGCAACCUCACCUGUUCCCGCAAGCUCCAGGUGCUCUGA